UUCCAUAAUCCUGUUUUUAGUACUUAUGGCUGAAAACAUAUUUUUAAUAAUUUAUUAUACAUUGAUGCGCAACGGAACUACGAAUUCAAUCCUAUUCAUUGAUCGAUGCAGGGUAUUGCAUUCCACCGCGCCGACGAGGUACGUGUAAAACAAAUCGUCCCUUAAAUACCGGCGCAGCUCUUUUUUUCUUCGCCGAAUUUCAUCUCUUCAAUCAUAAGCUAUUCAAUCAAUUCAAAAUGCAAUUCACCAUCGCCUUUGCUCUCCUUCUUGCCUCGGUUGAGGCCUACCGCUUUACUGGCAUCAACGGCCUGGCGGACUGCUCCCACCACUGCCUCAAGGAAUUCGCUCGCAAGAAGCCAGGUUGUGCUACUGGAGCCAACGACGAUAAAUGUUUUUGCGACCACGUUGAAGUUAUCAAGGCCGAGGCGCGCUCUUGCCUGGACGCGUCUUGUGGCGCCGACUUUGUCCGUGAAAAGCUCUUGGCUCAACUCCCCAACGCUUGCAAGAAUGUUUGAACAAACUAGGAUAUAAGAUAUUUAUAUCAAUAAAAGCAAUUAGAUUUCGAUUGGAAGCCAUUCAUUACGAACUAGAAUAUAGAAUAUGAGACUAGAAUCUGUCCAGUGCAGCUAAUAUCCACC